AUGGAGGAAAUGAGCAUGCAGAUUGCUCAGCUGCAGGCCCUGACGGCGGACUUGAAGGCGGGGCUAGCGGGGGCCGUCCAGGACCUGUCCUCUCUGUCGCAGAGCAGCUGCGCUCUGGAGGACAGGAUGAGGAACUACCAGAGAGACAUCGAGGAGAAGAUCCUGGGCGUCAGGAACUCCCUCAACACUUUCAAGGAGGACCUGAGUGCCGCCCUGUCCCAAAUCGAAGAGGUGAACUGCAGGCACGUAGUGAUGCAGCAGGGGGUGGAGGUCUUCCAGGCAGAGGCGGGGAGGCAUCUACUCGCCUGUCAGCAGAGGAAGAACUCAAAGGACUCUCUCGACCGCCCGCGGCACUUCCCCGGCGAGACGGUGCCACGCGCCACGCAGGACUACCCUAACGUCGCGCCCCAGCACACUACAAGCUCGGAGCAGGAAGUCGACUGUCUGCAGCAGGAUUGGACCAGGUGUCCUGGGUGGGCGGAGUCACAGGACCCCACAGACCCGCAGGGCACUGAAGAGAGCAAAAGGGGCCGUAUCCCUCUAAAACUCAACGCUAUCGGGAGGCGAUACGCCGCCGCCCUGGAGCUGCUGGAGUCUGAGCGGCUGCACGUAUCCCAUCUCUCCCUGCUCCUCAAGGCCAACAUCACCUUCAACGGCAGCGAGGCCGUUCACCCCAAGGGAAAACGGCCCUUCCCCAGCUGCCUGCGCUUCCUCAUCCAGCAGCACCUGGAGCUGCUGCACACCCUGCAGGAGCGUGUGCUCAGGUUCCAGUGGCAAGGCAUCGUGGGAGAUGUAUUCUUAAGGCUGUUCAGCAAAGAGAGUGAUUUUCUCGAUUUCUACGUGGCCUACCUGAAGGAACUGCCGGACUGCCUGGCUGCGGUCCGCAUGUACUCCUGCUCCUCUCCUGCGGAAGGCGCCGGUCUGUUCGAGGGUGACGUCACAGGCAAGGACAAUUGGCUUCCCCUCCGUAACCUGCUCCUGCAGCCAGUCCAGCGUAUCCCAGAAUACCUCACUCUCCUCCAGAGCCUGCUGAAGCUGACAGAGGCUGAUCACCCAGACUACUUCCUGCUCCUGGUGUGCAUCCAGCAACUGAGGGCCUUCACAGCCCAGUACAGCCCCCUGCUGCAGCAGAGCCAGGAGCUUCUCCAGCCCAGUACAGCCCAGUACAGCCCCCUGCUGCAGGCCAGUACAGCCCAGUACAGCCCCCUGCUCCAGGAGAGCCAGGAGCCGCUCCAGCCAGGCUGCCGGGAGGGCAGGAGGCAACAGCAGAGCCAGGUGAGGCGGAGGGCUCCGGAGCAGAGGCAGGGCAGGGAGCCCCAGGACUGGGCGGGCGAGGGCGCCCCUCUCUCGCCAGGCCCCUGUUUCGGGGGCACGGCCAACCCCUGGCUGAGGUCCUUCCCCGAGGCGGCCCCCACCCCCGGCCCCGGCCCCGGGUCCCCGCCCCCGGGCGACAGGGCGGGUCUGGGGGUGCUCUACGAAGACGGCGACUCGCUGGCCAACGUCUCGCUCUCGCUGUUCGAGAACGGCUCCUCCGCGUCGUCCGACUCCAGCCUGGAUGUGGCCUUCGUGCGCGGGGCCUACGCGGCCGGAGGGGGCCACGCGGGCAGGCCCCCCGCGCGAGGCUGCGUCUCCCCGGAUGAUUUGGACCCGGCGCGACACCGCCCCCUCCAGGCCGUCCAGCGCAAGAGCAGGUCCCUGAACGGCCUGCAGCUGGACAGCUCCAUCUGCGCCGACGUGGCCUUCGCCGAGUUCCCCGGCACGCCCAGAACGCGCGGGCCCCUCACGGGGCCCCACGGCCGCCUGGAGCGCCAGCCCAGCAGGGGCUCCGCCGGCGGGAAGCCCCAGAGGAGCGUCAGCCCCCUGCAGAGGCCGGAGCUCCAGGACCUGCAGUGGGAUGGCCACCAGGGGGCGCCAGCGCCACUCUCACCCCAGACCACUGCUGCAAAACCCCAGACCACUGCUGCAAAACCCCAGCACAGCCCCACUGCUCCUCUGUAUCGCCCCCUGCUGGUCUCUCUGCAGGACUGCGGCCCGCAGGCCUGGGGGGAGGACGCCAGGAGGACGCGGGGCUCGGAGGAGAACCCGCGCUCCUUCAGCGAGAGGAGCAGGAAGGAGGACCAGAAAGGAGGGAUCAGGAGCUCCUUCAGAAAACUCUUCAAGAAGAAGUCGAGCGGAGAGAAGGGCAGGGAGAAGUCAUCGGAGUCGGAGGCGUACAGCGACCACGAGAGCGGGAGGCCUCCUCAGGCGGCGCGGCCCGGCGGCGCGGACAGGGGAACGGCUGUGUGA